AUGGAGGCCGCCGUCGGAAGGCCCACGGCGAGGCAGCCGCUCUGGCUGAAGGUGGACAGAGCAGUCCAGCGGGCGGCGCGCAUCGAGUUGGGCCGCAUGAGGACGGCGCUGGAGGUUUCAGACCCCGACCAGCUCCAGGCCAUGAUGACCUGGUGGAUGGCGAGAGAUGCCAGCGCUGCUUCUUCUGGUGGCAUGGCCACUGCUCGCUUGUUGCAGGAAGACUCGGCCAGGGAAGAGGGCGAGGAGACUCUGGGAGCCCUACUCUUCUCGGAGCGUCUUCACCGACGGUUUCCUUACACAUCCUUUUAUGGUAGAGACGACUACGCGGUCGGAGGCACUCCAUCCGAGGCGAGUCAACCAGGUGCCGAGUUCGAGCGGCUGCAGCAGGCUUUGCAGCAGAACCUUGAAGCUCUGCAGGACCUCCGAUCCAAGUUAGCUCCCUACCAGGAUGCCUCGCGCAACUCGGGUUUGCUGUGGCGCUGGGCCGACGUCGUCGCGGUGGCCUCGCGCUUCCGGGAGGCUCUGCGUUUGCCGUCGAAGGCCCAGCGCGCCCUUGCGGUGGUGCCUGCCGCAGCAGCGACAAGAAAUGGCAUGGCGCUGACGCGGCGAUUUUCGGAAGUGGACUUUUCAGACAACAUCGCUGAGUUUACAACCAUUUGCGGGCUCUUCCUGGCUGCUGUAAUUGGUCUCCUGGGAUUCUGCGCUGCUGCCCUGUGGCACAACUACGGCUGGGCCGCUGGGCUCUUCGCUUUCGGCGCCGCCAACUCGGUGCUCCUGCGGAACUACUCGCGUUUGCACCUUCCGCACAUCCGACGCCGCCUGGAGCAUCGACUCAAAGAGCUGUCGCAGCAGAAGGAUUCCCUGAUAAGAGAUGUCCAACAGGUCCAGCACGCUUCUCGCAAGACCGGGAUGGUGCAGGUGCGGGCCCACAUAUUCUUGCAGAGCGUCAACGUGAUUCGCAACAUCGAUUAUUUGACUCGCUGCAUCAAGACGGAGGUUCAGCGCCUAGCUUCGGACCGCAACCCUCGCAAGGCUCAGUUGCGACGCCGGCUAGCUUCAAGUGGAAUGCAGCUGCUGUUGGCUUUGCUCCCACACAGUCCACCGCAGUGGCAGCAGGAAGCCCUUGGAGGUGAGAACUGUGCAGAGUUGGCCUCGCUGCUUUACGCUCGUCGGAGAGGACUAGCUCCGCUCGUGGCUUCGGAAGUCCUGUCCAGUGGAUACAUGGAAUCUCGCAAGCGGCUCUGGUUGCUCUUCAGGAUGGUUCACCUCAGCUCCGCCAUCCCGACAGAGGUACAGGGCAAGCUGACAGCCCUUGUUGACAGCUAUUUGCGACCAGUGCUGGUCGAGCGCCGUGUUCCCACAGGCUAUUGCCAAGUCCUCGGGAACCCUUCGAACAGCUCACAUGCCAUGUUGGAAGACAGCAAGCGGGAAGGCGAGGACUUGGGCGAGGAUGCUCAGCGGCAUGGAUCCGUGAAAGGCGCAAGUGUGUCGAGUGCUCGAAGCGUCGAAAGCGAGGACCAAACUGCGGAGAGCGAGGACACGUUCUCUUUUUGUGCAUCCACCGCAUCUCAGUCCAAGAUCUCGAGCACGUCUUGUGAUCGCAUGGGCGACACCUCCAAAGCUGUUCGCAAGCUCUUCGCGACACGGAGCGACAUCAUGCAGGUCUUGAAACGACUUCCUGCGCCGUCGCUGAUGUCUCCGGCAGGUUCCACAACGCAGACAGACAGCAUCCUUCGAGAGAUCUUUACCUCGGUGGCUGUGGGCGUUACUGCGAAUGGCCAACGAGGCCAAGGCCAAGCGGGUGCCGUAGGCUUGGCGAUCGGCUACCAGUACGGUGAGAGGUCAUACAACCUUUCCGGGCGAGUCCAGACCACGCUGGAAUUGAAGGUGGCCCUUCCACAAACAAACCAAGCUGGCUCCUCCAGCAGCGCUGGAGGCUCGCCCUUGGAGGUGAAAGUGCAGCUUUGCGACUUGUCGGACUCCGAGCCCUCCGCCGUCGAGGCCCUUGCGGCCUGGAGCGACCUCGCUGCGGCCCUCCCGCUGCGCUUCAACGACUCGGCGCUGCGGGUGCGCAGGAGGCACCUCAAGAAGGCCAAGGAAGCCUUGCGAUCCCUCCCGAAAGGAUGA